UUUUGGUCUUUUAGGACGGAGCUCUGCCGUUUUAGUGGUGCCAAGAUAUACCCUGGGAAAGGCAUCAGAUUUGUUCGUUCUGAUUCUCAGGUGUUCUUGUUUGCAAAUUCCAAAUGCAAGAGGUAUUUCCACAACCGCUUGAAGCCAUCUAAGCUUACCUGGACAGCCAUGUACAGGAAGCAGCACAAGAAGGAUAUUGCCCAAGAGGCAGUAAGGAAGAGGAGACGUGCCACUAAGAAGCCUUACUCUAGGGCCAUUGUUGGUGCCACCUUGGAGGUUAUCCAGAAGAGGAGGACUGAGAAGCCCGAGGUUCGUGAUGCAGCAAGAGAAGCUGCUCUCCGGUGCGUUUUCUUAUCUGUUCUCAUAUUCCCUUGAUUGGC